CACUAUGACUUGCUCUCCGCCACAUCCUGUUCUCCACAUCACUGAGUCAUCGCUAGCGAGCGGCUUACCUCCCCGGCAGCCGCUAGAGCUCAGACUAGCAGCCCGCAGGCUUUGAGCGGCAGCGGCAGCCCGCCCAGCGGCAGCGUCAGGCCCUCUCGCCCCGCUCCCGCCCGCAGGCUGUGUAGGCAGGCUCUCAUCGCAGAGAGGCGGCGCUGGGGGAGAGAGUGACAGGCGCAGUCCCUCCCCUGUGCACCGGGGAGAGGAGGAAGGGGGAAGAGAGGAGGGAGGAGGAGAGAAACAGGAAAGGCGGGGGUAAGAGGGUGGAGGAGAGCGGGGGAAGGCGGCAGCAGCACGACAGACACCCGGCCGCUGGAAGCAGCAGCCUGCGGCCGCUGGAACCUGCCCGCUCGCCUCCCCCCAGCUACAGCAGCCCGGGGCAGAAGCCGGAGGAGUUUCCGAGCAAAUCUGAUUGGUUCGGGGGGAGCUGGAGCGCGGCCCCCACCCUCCCACUUGUGCUCCUCGGCAGUGAGAUUGACAGGGAGCCCCGGGAGCUGCCUGCCGCGUGCGGUGCGCAGGCGAAGAGGCGGCGGGAGGAGCUGCGAUGAAGCCCUGCGAAGAGGAGGGGCUGGGGGCUGCGGCCGGAGGGGACCCCUGGCAGGAGUGUAUGGAGGUGGCGGUGCAGCUGGCGCGCCGGGCUGGGCAGAUUAUUAGGAAAGCUCUUACAGAGGAAAAACAAGUGUCUACAAAAACAUCUGCAGCUGAUCUUGUGACAGAAACUGAUAAUUUUGUGGAAAAUGUGAUUAUUUCUGCUCUGAAAGAGAAGUUUCCCUCCCACAGGUUUAUUGGAGAAGAGUCCACUGCUGCUGGUUCAAAAUGUGUCCUCACUGACAAUCCUACCUGGAUUAUUGAUCCCAUUGAUGGAACCUGCAAUUUUGUGCACAGGUUUCCAACAGUGGCAGUUAGCAUUGGAUUUGCUGUUAACCAAGAGCUUGAAUUUGGUGUAAUUUACCAUUGCACUGAAGAACGAUUAUAUACUGGUAGAAGAGGUCAAGGGGCAUUUUGUAAUGAAAAAAGACUUCAGGUAUCAAAAGAGACAGAUAAGUCGAAGGCCUUGAUCUUAACAGAAAUUGGUCCAAAACGUGACCCUGAGACUUUGAAAUUGUUCCUCGGUAACAUGGAGAGCUUACUCAAAGCCCAAGUACAUGGGAUCCGUGUAAUUGGAAGUGCUACCUUGGCUCUGUGCCAUCUAGCAUCUGGUGCUGCAGAUGCAUAUUACCAGUUUGGUUUACAUUGCUGGGACUUGGCAGCAGCUACUGUCAUUAUUAGAGAGGCAGGUGGUAUUGUGAUAGAUACUUCAGGGGGACCUCUAGAUCUCAUGUCAUGCCGAGUGAUUGCUGCUGGCACUAAAGAGAUGGCCAUGUUCUUAGCUCAGGAAAUACAGACUAUUCACUACAGACGGGAUGAUGAGAACUGACGGACAUUAAAUACUUUUACAAGUAACAUGGAGUUUGUCCUUCUAAACUACUUAACUUCUUCCAAGAUGGGUGUCUUAGAGGGUACAUGAUUUUAACAGCAUGUUUUCUGUGCAGGUCUUCUGUGUCAAAUGUUUUAAACAAUUUUAUUACAAGGUGGCUUCCCAACAUUGUAGGGCGGGAGGAGGGAGAUUUUUAAAACCUCUAAGAUUUGUGGCUUCUUUUUAAUAUGCAUCUAUUUCAGCAGUACCUUUUAUAUAUGAUCACCUGUAGCGCUUGUUGCCAGAUUCAAAGUUUCACAUCUGUUCAGGCUGAAACGGAGUCUUUUGGAACAUAUUCAACUAAAAAGAAAACUUUAUUUUUACAAAACACAGACCUCAGGUAAAUGAGCUUUAGGAUUGUAGUAGAUGAUAAGUAGUUAAAAUGUGUGCCUACCGUACCCAUAUUCAACAGUACUUGAGAAUGCAAUAAAAAGUGUUAUUACUCCA